AUGGUUUUCGAUCUUUACCGCUAUCGCUCUCGAGCACGGAUGCCAUAUCCCACGGUUCUAGGCUCGGGGGAAAUCCGACUCGCCGCUCUUCUGCCAGGGGAAUGGGGAGACGAUAUCAAGUGCGAGAUCUUCCGCGCGUCAUGGCUCACUGAGCCUAAGAUGCCGGAAUACAAGGCACUGUCUUACUCCUGGGGAUUGCAAAGCUUCAGACCACCCACCAUACUCGUCAAUGACUGCCAGUUCAGAGUGACGCCCAAUCUCGAGUGCGCCCUGAGGCAUCUACGACGACCGGACGAGGUGGUGAUCUUGUGGGUUGAUGCACUAGUCUCCCAAAUGCGCGGCAUCUACAGCAGGGCCGCUGAAGUGAUCGUGUUUCUUGGUGAUGGCCUGGAUCCAUUGGCGAACGGCCGAUCAAAGCUGAAAAGUCAAGCUAUCCGUGCGGAGUUCAAGGACGACUUGAUGGAUGAUGAAUGGACAGAACGGUGUCUAUCGAAGUGGAAGACAACAUCCCGGAUGGGAAGAGCCACGCCAUUAGACAUCUUCUGUUUGUUGCGGCUUCUUUCACAAGGCCAGAGCCUGUCUAAUUCGUUGCGCUGCCUGGAAAAGGUCCCGGAGCCCGUCUUAGCCACGAUCUUCGAAGCGCUUCGACAGAUGCUGACCGUACGUUGGUGGAAUCGAAUUUGGGUCGUGCAAGAAGUCGUGACCGCUGCUAAGGUCACUGUCCAAUACGGCCACGUUUCCGCGCCGUGGGAAAUGCUAGUGAAGAUUGGCAAAAAACAAUCGCGCCAGCUAUCACUUGACUACAAGGGUUUAUCCAUCGAACACGAUGUGAAAGUCUUACAACUUCUUUCUCAGGUUGGCGACAUUGAAAAGUUCCGCCAAAUCUGGGCUACGAAGCGACGACCAAGUCUUCUCGAGCUUCUCCGAGACUUCAGCAGCCGUGGGGCCUCGGAUGAUAGAGACAGAAUAUUUGGAUUGCUAGGAUUAUGCGACGUCAGUACGCGGGUCAUUCCGGAUUACUCCUUGACUGUUCGAGACGCAUACAUAAUGGCAGCAAUCGACUCCAUUCGGACUAGCAAGUCUCUCUCGUUGCUAACUGGGGACCUUGGCCGAAAGGCGAGGGAAAACCUGCCUUCUUGGGUCCCGGAUUGGGGUGCUACGUUUGAUGAAUACGACAGGCGGCGAGCGAGGCUUAAUGAUAAAUACUCUGCUAGCGCCGGUGUUCUUAGCAUGAUAUUUCCCGAUAUGUAUCCAUUAGACAAGGAUCAGCAGGAGCGACCAUUAUGGGAAACAUACGAGCAUAAUCCAUCAGGCACGAGGCUUCAAUACUACAUCGCCAGACAGAUGAGAGACUUGAUCGAGACCCUUAAGAACAGUGGGAGCCCACAGGACCUCCUUCCUAGUUGUCUACCCGGCGUUUUGAGUAUAUAUGGGACUUUGGCUGGAUCACGGGGUUGGAUCGACGUCUCCGAUGCAUGCAAACAGCUGACGAUGUUCUGCCACGAGAACGGCGCUCGCGAUAUAGGCAAGAUUUCAGAUGUGGCAGCUAUUACCCACUGCAGUCUUCUGGGAAGUGAUAACCUUUGGAGAAGCGCACUGGAAGCUUCGGAAGAUACCCAAGAAGGCCUAGAAGAGUUGGAAAAGAUCAGAAAGAAGGCGGAGAUGUUGUUGAAGGUGUAUGAGUCGUCGGAGCCGGAGAUAUCGAGGAAUCGUUUUAUCUGGCGGGGGAGACUCAAGGAGGUUCUUGACCACCUGGAAGCUUUGGACGCCGCUCAAAGAGAACGAAAACAGUUGAGCAAUAUUUACAAGGUGCUGGAAGAGCUCAGGGAGGAGAUUAACAGCAACCGAGAGUUGCGGCAGAUCCUACAUCAAUGGGAGAGCCGUCGUAUUGCAAUCGUCUAA